GGGCAUGGGGCAGUGCUGGGUUUGGUGGCCAAAGCCUAGUGUGCAGCCAGCAUGUCGCUGCAGAGGAUCGUGCGUGUGUCCCUGGAGCACCCCACCAGCGCCGUGUGCGUGGCCGGCGUGGAGACUCUCGUGGACAUCUACGGGUCGGUUCCCGAGGGCACAGAGACGUUCGAGGUGUACGGGACCCCCGGUGUGGACAUCUACAUCUCUCCCAGCGUGGAGAGGAGCCGGGAGCGCGCGGACACCGGGCGCUGGCACUUUGACGAGGGGCUGGAGAUCAUCGUGGUCAUGAAUUCCCCCAGCAACGACAUCAAUGACAGUCAUGUCCAGAUCUCCUACCACUCCAGCCACGAGCCUCGGCCCCUGGCCUACGCGGUGCUCUACCUCACCUGCGUGGACAUCUCUCUGGAUUGCGACCUGAACUGUGAGGGCAGGCAGGACGGGAACUUCGUGGACAAGCGGCAGUGGGUCUGGGGGCCCAGUGGACAUGGGGCCAUCCUGCUGGUGAACUGUGACCGCGACGACCUGAGCUGCGAUGUCCGGGACAACUCUGACCAGCACGUGCGCUGCCUGGAAGACCUGGAAGACAUGUCCGUGAUGGUCCUGCGGACCCAGGGCCCUGCGGCUCUCUUUGAUGACCACAAGCUUGUCCUGCACACCUCCAGCUCGGACGCUGAGCGGGCCCGGGUCUUCCACCUCUGUGGUCCUGAAGACUCCUGCAAGGCCUACAGGUGCGUGCUGGGCCAGGACAAGGUGUCAUACGAGGUGCGGCGCUUCCACGGGGACGAGGAGCGCUUCUUCGUGGAGGGCCUCUGCUUCCCCGACGCCGGCUUCCCGGGGCUGCUCUCCUUCCACGUCACCCUGCUGGACGACUCCAACGAGGACUUCUCCCAGUCCCCCAUCUUCACCGACACCGUGGUGUUCCGCGUGGCCCCGUGGAUCAUGACGCCCAGCACCCAGCCGCCCCUGGAGGUGUACGUGUGCCGGGUGGGGAACAACACGUGCUUUGUGGAGGCGGUGGCUGAGCUGGCCCAGAAAGCCGGCUGCAAGCUGACCAUCUGCCCGCAGGCCGAGAACCGCAAUGACCGCUGGAUCCAGGACGAGAUGGAGCUGGGCUACGUGGAGGCGCCGCACAAGACCUUCCCCGUGGUCUUCGACUCGCCGCGGAACGGGGAGCUGCAGGACUUCCCUUACAAGAGGAUCCUGGGUCCCGAUUUUGGCUACGUGACUCGGGAGCCCCGAGACAGGUCAGUGAGCGGCCUGGACUCCUUCGGGAACCUGGAGGUCAGCCCCCCGGUGGUGGCCAACGGGAAAGAGUACCCCCUGGGGCGGAUCCUCAUCGGGGGCAACCUGCCUGGGUCGAGCGGCCGCAGGGUCACGCAGGUGGUGCGGAACUUCCUGCACGCGCAGAAGGUGCAGCCGCCGCUGGAGCUCUUUGUGGACUGGCUGGCUGUGGGCCACGUGGACGAGUUUCUGAGCUUCGUCCCCGCCCCCGAUGGCAAGGGCUUCCGGAUGCUCCUGGCCAGCCCAAGCACCUGCUUCAAACUCUUCCAGGAAAAGCGCAAGUGGGGCCACGGCAGGGCCCUCCUGUUCGAGGGGGUCAUCGGCGACAGGCGGGUCAAGACCAUCUCCAUAAACCAGGUCCUCUCCAAUGACAACCUCAUCAGCUUCAACAAGUUUGUGCAGAGCUGCAUCGACUGGAACCGCGAGGUGCUGAAGCGGGAGCUGGGCCUGGCCGAGCGUGACAUCAUCGACAUCCCGCAGCUCUUCAAGCCCGAGAAGAAAAAGGCCGUGGCCUUCUUCCCUGACCUGGUGAACCUGCUGGUGCUGGGCAAGCACCUGGGCAUCCCCAAGCCCUUCGGCCCCAUCAUCAACGGCCGCUGCUGCCUGGAGGAGAAGGUGCGGUCCCUGCUGGAGCCGCUGGGCCUGCGCUGCACCUUCAUCGACGACUUCACCCCGUACCACAUGCUGCACGGCGAGGUGCACUGCGGCACCAACGUGCGCCGACAGCCCUUGGCCUUCAAGUGGUGGCGCAUGGAGCCCUGAGCCCACCCCUGGGGCUGACGGACACGGAGGCAGGCUCCCGGACGGCACGCAUCGAGAGACCCCCACCCUGCACCCACACAGCCCCGUGUGGGACGCGCAGGGCCGUCCUCGCUCAGAACCCCCUUCCCCAGAAGUGGCCGUGCCUCGCCUGCCUCCCAUCUGGUUCUCAGACCCCCAGCGCCCCUGACCUCCCCAUAAAAAGGACCUCGUGUCUGUGGCCUCUCCCGUGGCUCCACGUGACCCACGGGGACUCCCCAGACACCCCCGCCCCCACUGGCAAGUCCUCCAUGUGGGGACACGCUCAACUUUGGGGUCAGAGGGCAUCCAUCCGUGCAUCUCCCCAGCCAUGCUGGCCUGUGGGUCCUGACAGGCAGCACCACGACCCCGCUGUGGUGUGAUUGCCCCCUGCUCUGCAGGGGAGGGACCUCGAAGCGAGAUCGCUGCACACGGACAGGAGCGCGCCUGCCUAACGCUGCCCCACAGGAAAGGACCUGGGGGUCCAUUAGGUCCACGUGCGGCCGCGGUUCCCACGGCCAAGCUCCUGACUGAUGCUGAGCCCCGCACCCCCACCUGCACCUGGCACGAGCCUUCCGCAGACACGUGACCCAGGCCGGCAGUCACCGCUCAGCCUGACAGACGCCCCCCGUCUCUGACCUGCAGAAGCCAGCUUGGAGCUCCUUGGAGCUGGAGGGGCGAGGGGAGUUUUUGGAGACUGGGGGGGGGGCUGUGGACGAGGGGGGAAAGCAUCUUCCAUAAGGUGCGGGGUGCGGGGCGGGCCCGGGGAGCAGGGCCAGGGAGGCUGCAGUGGCCGUGGUGCCUGCCUGUGCGGGACCUGGUCCGGGGCCCUCUGAAGAGCUCUGCCCCAUGGGAGAGGGGGCCCGGAGGGGCCCAUGAAACAGCACAGAUCUGGGAAGAGCCACUCUGCGUGCAGGGGAGAGGGGAGCCGGGAGGGGGCUGGUUCUCUCGAGCUGUGUGUCCGCCCCUCGUGGUUCUGUGAGGGUCCGGCUGCGUUUCCAUUGACGGCGAAUAAAUCGACAGCACCAAG